CGAGAAGAGAGAGAGUAAAGUAUAAAAUGAAGAAGAAACAGUCAUGAAUACACAAAAACAGCGAGCAGAAGACACGAAAACAGCGAGGAGAGGACACAAAAACAGCGACCAGAAGACAAACUUCUGCUUCUCUUCGAAAGACUUUCUCAAGACUCAUCUCUCAGCUCCAGAAACAAAGUGUAAAGAUCCAAGAUGUCUGCAGGUAAAGGUGCAGCGAUCGGCAUUGACCUGGGCACCACCUACUCCUGUGUGGGGGUUUUCCAGCACGGAAAAGUGGAAAUUAUCGCUAACGACCAGGGCAACAGGACCACCCCCAGCUACGUGGCCUUCACCGACACCGAGAGGCUGAUCGGAGACGCAGCCAAGAACCAGGUGGCUCUGAACCCCAGCAACACAGUGUUUGACGCCAAGAGGCUGAUCGGAAGAAAGUUUGAGGAUCCGCUGGUGCAGGCCGACAUGAAGCACUGGCCCUUCAAGGUAGUUUCGGAUGGAGGGAAGCCCAAAAUCCAGGUGGAGUACAAAGGGGAGGACAAAAGCUUCUACCCCGAGGAGGUGUCCUCCAUGGUCCUGGUGAAGAUGAAGGAGACGGCCGAGGCCUACCUGGGCCACAAGGUGUCCAACGCCGUCAUCACGGUCCCGGCGUACUUCAACGACUCCCAGCGACAGGCCACUAAAGACGCCGGCAUGAUCGCUGGACUCAACGUCCUGAGGAUCAUCAACGAGCCCACAGCGGCUGCCAUCGCCUACGGUCUGGACAAAAGCAAGUCGGGAGAACGAAAUGUCCUGAUCUUUGACCUGGGCGGAGGCACCUUCGACGUGUCCGUCCUGACCAUCGAGGACGGCAUCUUUGAGGUGAAGGCCACGGCCGGAGACACUCACCUGGGAGGAGAGGACUUUGACAACCGCAUGGUCAACCACUUUGUACAGGAGUUCAAGAGGAAGCACAAGAAGGAUGUGAGCCAGAACAAGAGAGCCUUGAGGAGGCUGCGCACAGCUUGCGAGAGGGCCAAGAGGACGCUGUCCUCCAGCUCCCAGGCCAGCAUCGAGAUCGACUCGCUGCUGGAGGGCACCGACUUCUACACCUCCAUCACCAGGGCUCGCUUCGAGGAGCUGUGCUCCGACCUGUUCAGGGGAACGCUGGAGCCCGUGGAGAAAGCCCUGAGGGACGCCAAGAUGGACAAGGCUCAGAUCCAUGAGGUGGUCCUGGUGGGAGGCUCCACCCGAAUCCCCAAAAUCCAGAAGCUGCUGCAGGACUUCUUCAACGGCCGCGAGCUCAACAGGAGCAUCAACCCGGACGAGGCGGUGGCUUACGGCGCCGCCGUCCAGGCCGCCGUCCUCACGGGCGACACAUCGGCCAACGUCCAGGACCUGCUGCUGCUGGACGUGGCACCUCUGUCCCUGGGCAUCGAGACGGCCGGAGGAGUCAUGGCGCCGCUGAUCAAACGCAACACCACCGUCCCCAGCAAGCAGACGCAGGUGUUCAGCACAUACUCCGACAACCAGCCCGGGGUCCUGAUCCAGGUCUACGAGGGCGAGAGAGCCAUGACCAAGGACAACAACCUGCUGGGCAAGUUUGAGCUGUCGGGAAUCCCGCCCGCCCCUCGAGGCGUCCCGCAGAUCGAGGUGACCUUCGACAUCGACGCCAACGGCAUCCUGAACGUGUCGGCGGUGGACAAGAGCACCGGCAGAGAGAACAAGAUCACCAUCAGCAACGAUAAGGGCCGACUGAGCAAAGAAGAGAUCGAGAGGAUGGUGCAGGACGCCGACAAGUACAAAGCCGAGGACGAGGAGCAGAGGGAGAAAAUCGCAGCCAAGAACUCGCUGGAGUCGGUGGCCUUCAACAUGAAGAGCAGCCUGCAGGACGACAGCGUCAAGGGCAGAAUGAGUGAGGAGGACCGGAAGAAGCUGCUGGACAAGUGUGAGGAGACCAUCAGCUGGCUGGAGAACAACCAGCUGGCUGAAAAAGACGAGUUCCAACACAAGCAGAAGGAGCUGGAGAAAGUGUGCAACCCCAUCAUCAGCAAGUUGUAUCAGGGAGGGAGGCCUGCAGGCAGCUGUGGAGAGCAGGCAGGAAGCACCCAGGGGCCCACAGUGGAGGAGGUGGACUGAAGGGGAACCUGUUUAUGCAACUGUAACUUCAAGUUUUUGUUCACAGAUUUAAGAUGUAUAUAAUCAAAGAUUUUAUGUAUGUGUUGUUAUAUUGUUGCAUUGCUGGAUUUUGCAAUAAAGAUGUUUGAUAAAUUA